AGGCCGAGCAGUAGGCCGGCCGGCUGCCCAGCACUGCCCCGGUACGGAAAGCGGAGCCGCGGAACCCGUGGACCGGCGGGCGUGCCGACAGGAGAUGAUUUCUCCGAAUUCAUUAAGUGCAUCUUCGGAAAAAUAAUGCAAAAGACUAAUCUAACAUGGCUGACCAGAGGCAGCGCUCACUCUCUACUUCCGGGGAAUCGUUAUACCAUGUUCUUGGACUGGACAAGAAUGCAACCUCGGAUGACAUUAAAAAGUCCUAUCGGAAACUGGCCCUGAAAUAUCACCCUGACAAGAACCCUGAUAACCCAGAGGCUGCAGACAAAUUUAAGGAGAUUAACAACGCCCACGCCAUCCUGACAGACGCCACGAAAAGAAAUAUUUAUGACAAGUAUGGUUCGCUGGGGCUCUAUGUGGCUGAGCAGUUUGGGGAGGAGAACGUCAACACCUACUUCGUACUCUCCAGCUGGUGGGCCAAGGCGCUGUUCGUUGUCUGUGGCCUCCUCACCUGCUGCUACUGCUGCUGCUGUUUGUGCUGUUGCUUUAACUGCUGCUGUGGGAAAUGCAAGCCCAAGGCACCUGAGGGUGAAGAGACAGAAUUCUACGUAUCCCCUGAAGACUUGGAGGCACAGCUGCAGUCUGAUGAAAGGGAGGCUACAGACACACCGAUCGUCAUACAGCCAGCAUCUGCCACAGAGACCACCCAGCUGACAGCUGACUCCCACCCCAGCUAUCACACCGACGGGUUCAACUAAAUUCAGGAGAGGCUGUGAUUAGAGGAUAAAUCAGCAUCUGGCCACUGCAACCUUAGAAUCAUGAACUGUAGUCACUGAGAUGGGAAGGCAGCCGUCAACCUGACCUGUUGUGACUGGUCAGGGCCACUCCCACCUCCUCUAAGUCCACCCAUCUGUCAAUCCUUGAUACAUGAAGUGCGUAGCAUGCAGUAUUUAAAGCAGUGUAGCUACGGUCUUCUUCUGUUUUAUCCUUUUUUUUAAUAGCAUGUAUGGGUUAUGUUCAGUGUCUGUGUUGUGGACGUGCUACAGCUGGGCUGAAUUAACUGGAUGGUAGUGCUUUUUUGGAUUUUCACCCAAGUGGGUCCAGUGAAAGUUCAGCUGUCUCCUUGUGCUUACAGGAGUCAGGUAAGCACCUGGAGCUACAUCUCCUUGUUGGCCUCUGUGUCCUGUGAUAUGGUCUAGUCCAUGGCUCUGAUCUCAUCCUCAAGGCUGCAGACAGGGCUCUGAUUUCACCUGCAAAGGAGGGAACUGGGCCCCGUCUUCCAGGCACCACCAGCAUCAGUCGUUUGCACGGUGUUCGUGUUGGGAAGCUUUCAUAGGGUCUCUGCAUCAUCUCACUCGGCCUCGUGACAGUUUUCCUGUUAGAUCUGCUAUGGAGAGUGCAGGUAUGCCCCUUCUCAAAGUGGGAGCACACUCUGUAAUGUCACUAUCUUGGGUCUCCUGGCCUUAUGGACUGAAAUCCUAUCAUUGGAGGCAUGUCUCUUGCUGGUGUGUGGGAAAUCAUUUGUCUCUGUUCUGCACCUUUCCAGGUCAAAAGCUGGAUUGACGGGGCCACAGCCUCCUUCCCUCAUUCCUGGGUCAUCUUCCACAUUCCUUCAAGCCAACCUUUUAAUCUUUUUUGGACUUUUAAGAACCACAAAUGGCAGCAUCUGCCACUUAGUCAUAGUCAGAAAGUCUCUUGAGUCUAGUUGUGGGUGGCAUGUAGCUGCUUAUAAAGCGUUUGAGUGCCCAGGAUCCAGAACCUCCUCCCUGUGCUUGCCAGUGCUCCAUCCACCCCGCUUGCCUUCGCUUCCACCUGUCAUCAUCAAUGCCUCUGGCAGAGCUGGAGUGUUGGGUUCCUGGAGCAGGUGGCUGGACCCUAUUGCUCCUGGCUCAGAAGGGUUGGCUUCUAGGGAAGCUUUGGUAGUAGUCACUCAACCUGGGAGGCCAGCUCCAGGCCACAGAAUUCCUUUGUGAACGAACCUCUCUGCAGUCAGUAUUCCAGUCUUGGUUCUAGGGUACUAUGGUGGGUGGAGUUGAAAAAUGUGGUUACCAGGGAUUUGGAGCCACCCUACCCUUUUACAGUUAGCUAGAUAGUUGUACCAGACUACAAUGAGGCAGGUUCCUCCAGAACCGUCCCGUUGACUGCUGCUGCCCAUCUGCAUUUCCAGUCCAGAUGAAGAAGGAGAAGGCUCAUGUGGUGGCUCAGUGGCCCAGACAAACCAUCAUGUGUUUCUGAAGUCCACCCCGUCUACCUCCUGGCCCCAGCUCACCAGGGCUUUCAGGGACCAGAUCAGGUUGUCAGGAAGUUACAAGAAGAGGCAGCAUUGUGAGGACAAACUUGGCAGUGAAUGAGCGAACCCAUCCAGGUCCUGGGAGACACUGAUUCCAGGGUUCCCAGUUGACCCUACAGAACUACAUGAGCCAAAAGCUGGUUUCAAGGUCCUUCCAUGGAUUUGUUAGUUUCGUUCUUUAAAGGAUUUUAGGGAUAUUCACUAACAUACUCAGUUAAAAGUAAUUUGUAAACAUCAGACCUAUGUCUAGAUGUAGUAGGACAUGGCUAUAGCCCCAGCACUAGGGAGGCUGAGGUAGAAGGACCUUGAGUUAUAGACCAGUCUGGGCUUAUACAAUAAGACCCUGACUCAAAUAAAACAACCUAAAAGAAGAAUGAGAAAUCCAUUGCUUGGCCCAUAUUUGGAACAAAGGAAGAAGAGAAGUUACUGGGCAAUCUGGGGUAUUGGUCCCUGCACACUAGUCUUGGUGUCCUUCUCUCACAAUGACCAGGAACCAGGUCCAGAGUUGUAGAUGAUAAGUUGCAAUCGGGUAGCACAUCCCUCCUGCAUGUUAGCUCUGUGGCCCUUUCCUUCACAUCCUAGUAAGCCAGGUCCUGAACUGGGACUUGUGGUGCUGUUAGGGUGAGAGCACAGAAGUUUUGAGCCUAGUGUCUUUUGGAAUUUGUAAAGCUAAAUAAAUCAUGUUGAACUUGAAACCCUCCAUAUGUAGAACAGUUCAAGGUGAUAAUAGUGAUUGCCACAGCCAGUAAAUUACCUGACCUGUCCCUGUACAGACUCCCUUGCAGGGUUUUACUAUGUUGAUCUAAGGUCUCCUUGAUUUCAUUUGCCCUAAGCUAAGAACUGGUGAGUCUCAGGAUCAGCCUUGACUAUUCCUGUCCAAAUAUGAAUAUUAAAUAAUAAACACUCCCCUAACUCCUAUACUGGGAAGCAAUGUAGAUAGUACUGUGGUGUGUUGUCAAGGGAGUGCUGGAAUCUGUGCAUGGAAGUUCAUCCUGUGCAAUGGAUACCCCUUCAGGACCAGACACUGACCACUUCUGACCUACAGAACGUAGUUGGGAGAGACCCUUUGGGGCCCAUCUAUCAAGGCUGCUGGAGUGUAGAUUUCUGUUUGUGCCCAGUGAUGUCUUUCCUUGUCUUCCUUUUGACUGUAUUUUAAAAUUACUUUAGAUGAUUUGUGCAAUGUUUAUGGCCUUUCCUACCCUUCUAAUGUUCGGUUAACACAGCCAGCACCCAAUGGGGAAAAACCAGGCUGGGUGGUGGUGGCAAAUACCUUUAAUCCCAGCACUUGCGAGGCAGAGGCAGGUGGCUCUCUGUGAGCCUGGUCUACAGAACUAGUUCCAGGACAGCCAGGACUACACACAAAGAAAUCCUGUCUUAAGAAAAAAACAAAAGAAACCAGUGCUUACUGUGGUUAGAAAGCUUUUUUUCCCAAGUUAGUUGCUGGAUUUGUUCCUGAAUCAUAAAGCCAGUCUCUUCUCAGAUGUAUCUCUGUCAGUACCCAUUGUCCUGCUGACCCAUGGCUUCUAUUACAGGUGAACCUUGUGCAAAGGAGCUGCCAGUGUUGCAGUCUCCAGAGAUAGUGACUUAAUCGUUCAAGCUGUCCCUGGAGAGUGUAGGUGCUGUGGUACAGAGAACUGGUGGGCCAUGAGCAUCUUCCUUUGGCCUUCAGUGCACCUUUUAUUGAGCUACAGCUGUGAACAGUGUAAACCGUGACUGAUCGUACUCUUUUUUUCCAGUAUUUUGAGCUGUGAACCCAUGUGUCCCAGCACUGGCCUGUUCCUUUUUAUUUUGGUUGAAUUAUCCUCCUAUGGAAGUGGCAAAAUCUACAUCUUUACUGUCCUCACAAGCAUAGUGUGUGUUGUCACAUGCUGUGAGUGUGGGUUGUGGUGUGUGUCGGUGUGUGUACAUAUGUGUAUAUGUAUAUAUCACACAGCAGGCCUGUCAUGCCUCUGUUUGGUGGCAAAGCAACAAGUACAAUAAAAGUCAGCUCCAAAACAGCCUGUGAUUUCUUGAAGCGUUGGGCAGGGGUAGGGUCUCCUGGCAAAACACAAAAGGAAACCCUAAGUUUAUUGUAUACAUACAUGGACCUGAACGCAUAAGCCCUGGCCAGCAUUGGCUUCAGUUAUUUAUGUGGCUAGAAGGAUGACCAUACCAAAUAUAUCCCUGGGAACCAUGUGAAGGUCACCUGACCUUCAAGGAUAUGAGGGUCUAGGACAUGACUAGAAACUUUUCUCUCUUGAAAACUAAGACCAGUUUUAUGAGUACCGGUUAAAAAUCAGUAAUCUAGGUUCAUGUAAAGGAUAGCCUGGUUAGGAUCUCUAUGUUGCUAAGGAAGGAAGGGCCUGGGUCAAGUGCCCCAUAGGGUGUGCUUUUGACAUGUUCUCUAGGAAAGUGUCUCAAUACUAAGUUGGGGAAAGAAAUUUUCACGUAAGAGUUUCUAAGAGCUAAAUGCAAGUGCAUGUAAAGCCUGUACUACUUUUACCCACUGCUAAAGUCUUGUUUACAGCAGGGUACAAGCUUCUGUCAGUUCUGGCUGACUGGUGUCCCUUCAGGGGCCAAGCUGAAAGCUAUGGUGGUUCCGCAUGGUGACCUGUCUAAAUGUUGACCUAAAAUAAAGAUAGCUGUUGUAUAAUAAAUGUUUUCACUGCAGACCA